CACCGCCAUUAAAUAAACACAGAAGCAGCGAGCAACGGUUUCAGAAAAGAAACAUGGCGGCGAUGGAGUGUAGCAUUUCUGUUGAAGUUUGACUGAACGUCUCUCCGCUGUUUCAUUAACUGAGCUGUGUGAGAUAUUUUCUCGCCGGCGUCAAGAAGUAGUUUUACUGCAAGAUGUUCGUGGCGAAGAGCAUCGCAGCGGAUCAUAAAGAUCUGAUUCACGAUGUUUCUUAUGACUUUCACGGUCGGAGGAUGGCGACCUGCUCCAGUGAUCAGAGCGUCAAGGUCUGGGACAAAGGGGACGAUGGAGAGUGGCGUUGUACUGCUAGCUGGAAGACUCACAGUGGAUCCGUGUGGAGGGUGACAUGGGCGCAUCCUGAGUUUGGUCAGGUGUUGGCGUCUUGUUCCUUUGACCGCACUGCGGCUGUAUGGGAGGAGAUCGUAGGUGAAUCCAAUGACAAACAACGGGGACAAAGUCACUGGAUCAAGAGAACCACACUGGUGGACAGCCGGACGUCCGUGACCGAUGUCAAGUUUGCGCCGAAGCACAUGGGCCUGAUGCUGACCACCUGCUCUGCAGACGGCGUGGUGCGCAUCUACGAGGCCCCUGAUGUGAUGAACCUCAGCCAGUGGUCACUGCAGCACGAGAUCUCCUGCAAGCUCUCCUGCUCCUGCAUCUCCUGGAACCCCUCCAGUUCUCGAGCUCAUCCUCCAAUGAUAGCCGUGGGCAGUGACGACAGCAACGUCACAUACAGUGGCAAAGUGCAGAUCUAUGAGUAUAAUGAAAAUACAAGGAAGUAUGCCAAAGCAGAGACGCUGAUGACUGUGACUGACCCGGUACACGACAUCACCUUUGCUCCUAAUCUGGGGAGAUCCUUCCAUGUGCUGGCCAUAGCCACCAAAGACGUCCGCAUUUUCAAACUCGUACCUUUGAGGAGAGAGAGCGCCAACAGCUCUGGUCCCACUAAGUUUGAGGUGCAGGUGAUGGCUCAGUUUGACAGUCAUAACUCUCAGGUGUGGCGCGUGAGCUGGAACAUCACCAGCACUCUGCUGGCCUCCUCUGGAGACGACGGCUGUGUGCGGCUCUGGAAAGCUAAUUACAUGGACAACUGGAAGUGCACAGGGAUCCUGAGAGGAGACGGCAGCCCAGUGAACGGCUCUGGACAUGCUGCGGCUCUGAGCGCGGUGGGCGUCCCUGGAGCCGCUCAGAUGCUUGUUGGGGCCACUUCUGCUGGCAGAAAAAUAGCUCAGCUGAUGCCAGGCUAACAGCAUAACGUGCUGAUUGGCUGUUUGCUGCAUGCACAGGAUUGGACCGAGACCUCAUUGACCCUCCCCUGCACAGUGUGACACCUGAACACUCGUCUAGCUACUAAUCCGACAGAAGCGUGUGCUGACUGCACGGUCGGUUGUGUGGCUGUUAGAGGAACUGUGCCUCUGUGUGUGUGUGUGUGUGUGUGUGUGUGUUGUGUUCAGUGGUACUUACCUGACCAUGAGCUUUUUUUUUGUAUUAUUGAACAAAUUACACUAAACUUGAUUCCCAUCAAUACUGACAUACUUAUUAAUUGUUGUGAUAUGAUGCAGUAUUACUCAUUUGAAUACAUUUAGGUCAUUUUUCAUGAGUUUCAAACAUUAUUGUCUGCACUUGUCAGCAUUUGUAUUGACCAUGUUAGAAACCUGUUGUAGAUGCAUUUAAAGGAACAGUGCACCAAAAAUCAAAAUUAUAUCGUUUACUCGCCUUCAAGAGUUCCAGAGCUUGUUUCUUCUGUGAAGCACAAAAGGAGAUGUUUUAAAACCCCUCAUUUAUCAAAAACCUAUUUGCAUUUGGAGCAACUUGAAGGUGGGUAAAUUUGGCAACUUUGGUUUCUGGGUGAACUAUUCCUUUAACUCCGGCUCCCAGAGAACACUCCACAUAUUUGUGCUGUUGUUUUGAAGCUGCUGGCAUGUGUUGUGUUGUGUGGACAGUAGAGGGAGACAAUGUAUCUUUCAGCCCGGUUUUGCCCAAAUUGCUCUGUCUCCAAAUAUCCCCUUGGAAUAACUAACACGUUACAUUUAAUUCAUUAGACUAACUGAAUGACCAGAUUACAUUAACUCUUCUAUGAUGUAGGCACAGAUUGCUUUAAGCUUUUUGCUUUGCUAAAUCCUAGUAGUCAAUAAUGAAACAUUUGAUAUGCCAAACAAUAUCUUUCUGGGUUAAUGAACGAUCACCAAAAGUUUGUGUCAAAAUUCAGGAUUUUGGUGCAUGAAUAAUGAACCAUAAAUCAAAGGCUGGAACCCGAUCAUUGAUGCCAUAUAUAUUGGGGAUCUUGAGAUGCUUGUUCUCCUUCAUGACAGGAACUCAGCACAUUCUUUAUAGUGGUACCACUUGAAAUGGGAAUUCAAAAGGAGAAAAUCUAAGCAGAUUUAUAAAUGAAUGCAACUUUUAUGAGUGUAUGUUUUUCUAAAAUAAAGUUUGUUUUUCAGUUCUGAGUUAUGCAAUAAAAACCUCUCUGAGGUUUGUCUGAAUUGUGUUUGUCCUCAUUCAAGGAGACCUUGCAAGAGGAAUGUGUUGGUCUGAAAAGACAUUAAAAAUAAAUAAAAAAUAAAACCUUAUCCUUUUUGU